ACAGCUAGAGAAUGUGAUAAACCCACUUCAUUAGUUAUUUCCCCCAACGUGUACAUGGCCUGCUGCAGAAACGUUUUAAUAUCGUUAACUUUUGGAAGAUUUCACGAUGCUUUGGCGGUGCGUUAUCUGCUGCGUUUUUAUAACUUUUUCACUGAAAUUAUUAUUGAGCCAUAUUAAUCGACUGCACAGUCGCAGCUCUGACUUCAGGUUGCUCUGUGGCAUUGAUGGAUGCACUGAGGAAUAUAGAGUGUACAACUCAUUCUACCAUCAUGUAAAGAGAAGACACUUUCAACAUCUUCUUGAAGACACCAGACCUGGCGACGCCACACGUGGAGAUGAAAACCGACAGGAGGAAACCCAAGGACCGCAGCAAAAAGACAACAUUCAACCCGAUCAGCUUCCAGCCGACUCCAGCAGCGAGGAUCAGAACCUUCACACACCUGACUCAGUUGAAGAGCAAAUGGGCAUCGACCAAGAUGGAGCUGUCACAGUGCACCAAAAAGGCAUGAAUGACAUUGUUGCUGGGGUACAGCAGUAUCAAUCAUCACUAUUGGACAACCUCAGGACGCAGAUGAAGGAAGUUCUAAAGAAGAAUUCAGGAAGUACAACCAAUCAACUUGGAAAAGAUGCAAUGGAUAUAUUUGACAGUUUCAUUGACCCCUUUGCUAACGUUUCAACAACAUUUCGCCAGAACAGUGUUAUUAGGAAGCAGUUUUGUUGUGUGGAUGCAGAGGAAAUUCCAAUUGCUCGAACCAUAUGCAGGAAGAAACGUGGAGGAUCAACAGAUUUUGUCAUCAAAGACAAAUUAUUUUAUUAUGUACCAUUAGUCAAAAGUGUAGAGCAGUUCCUAUUACAUCCGAGGAUUUUGACUAUGAUUGAAGAGGUACCCCAGAGGUGCAGUGAAGGUUUUUUUCAUGACCUUGUUGAUGGUUCUCUUUUAAAAUCUCAUCCCUUAUUUUCAGAGAAACCAAAUGCACUGCAGAUUAUUCUGUAUACAGACGAAAUAGAGAUCUGUAAUCCACUAGGAUCCUUUUCAUCAAAGAACAAGUUGUUAAUGGUGUACUACACCCUAGGAAAUAUAAAUCCAAAUUACAGGUCUAAGCUGGCUGCUAUUAGGCUACUUGCGAUGGCUAAAUCAGCAGACCUCCGUCAAUCUGGUGUAGAUGUAAUAUUGAAUAGAAUAAAGGAAGACAUGGAUGCAUUGUACAGUGGUGUUAAAAUUCAAACUAUUAACGGGGAGAAAACAAUACAUGGUGCUAUGGUUUCUCUCUGGUGACACCCUGGCACAGCAUGAACUCGCAGGGUUCAAAGAAGGAGUGGGCUUUGCUUACUGUGAGUGUUCUUUUGAGGACAUGCAGUCACAAUUCAACGAGGAUGCAUAUAUUAAAAGAACAUUGGAGAAUCAUGUCAGACAGUGUGAUGAAAUAGAAAAGGCUAACACAGACUUGCUUCGCAACAGCCUUAGAACAACAUAUGGGAUCAAUCGAAGGAGCAAGUUAGUUGACUUCUCAUCCUUUGAUAUUAUUCGGCAAACCCCGCAAGACAUU